AUGUUUUCGUGUGCUUGGGUGUUAGUGAUGGUGCUGGAGAUGGUGCAGACGACGGCGGCGGCGGCAUGGGGCGGUAAGGUGGUGGUUCACGCGAAGCCGCCGGGCCGGAUUGAUGGGUUAGCGGGAUACGUGUAUGCUCACCGAAAGUGGGAUUCUCGGGUGGAGAGUGAGCUGGAGGAAGAGGAGUCUCGGGAGAGGAAGCGUUGGCGACAAGAGUUUGCUGAGAAGCUUGAGGCCAAGAGCCACUUUGACGAUUCCUUCUUCACGGCCAACGUGUCGCUUGGGACGCCGGAGCAGACGUUUCCCCUCAUCAUCGACACGGGCUCCGGCGACUUCGGACGGCACUCAGGCUUCAGGCGACGUCCUCCUCGACACCGUCAGCCUCACCCCGAACCUCCGGCUCCCCGCGCCGUCGUGCAGGCCGCCAACCGAACGAGCGCCAACAUCGCCGCGUCGGGCGUCACGGGCGUCCUGGGCCUCGCGCGCACCGUCGAGGCCAAUAUCCGCGGCCCACAUCUUCCCGGUACGCGCGAGCGCCUGACCGAAGCCCUGCCGGGGAGUGGGCGGUUUGUGUCGAUCGAUCUGCGGGCAGCCGACGUUGACGGCGACGGCGACAGCGACAGCAGCAACGGCGGUAGUGGCGAGGAGGGAUCGGCGCCGGGGGUCCGCGUCGGCGGCGGCAAGGGCACGCGGGUCACCGGGGCAUCGUUUAAUGCCGUUGUGGACACGGGCACGACGCUCAUGUUCAUCCCCGCCGUAGCCGCCUCGGCCUACUGGGCCGAGGUGUCGGGCGCACGCUUUGAGCCGGCGGUGGACGCCUGGAUCUUUCCUUGCUCGGAGACGCCCCGUCUCCCCGAUAUCACGGUCGAGGUCGGUCCUGCUCACGACGACGACGACGGCGACGGCGACGAUGAUGACCCCGACGACACUAACGAUGAUGAUGACGACGACGACAUCUUUAAGGCCGUCGUACCCGGCCGCUACUUGGAUUACGGGGAAAUCGACUCGGAUGGUAUCCUCGCCGGCGGGGGCGGGUCGGGCAACGGCGAGGGCGGGCCGACGGGCUGGGAGGUGGCCAUGUGCUACGGGGCCUGCAGCCCGAGACGGGGAUGA